UUCAGCAUGGAGUUGACCAGAUCCAUCUCCGCCAGCAAGGAGGCAGAGAAACCUCUGAGAAGCUACGGGGCAGUCGAUGAGACCGAGUGGAAAGCGGACGGGCUGGGGAGAAAUCAACUUGACAUCAUUUCAAUGGCUGAAAACACCAUGAUGCCUGAGGAAAUCGAACUGGAGAUGGCCAAGAUCCAGAGGCUUCGGGAAGUCUUAGUCAGACGAGAAUCAGAACUCCGGUUCAUGAUGGAUGACAUCCAGUUGUGCAAGGAUAUCAUGAACCUUAAGAAAGAGCUGCAGAAUUUAGUAGCAACUCCAGAAAAAGACAAGACAAAGGAGCAAAAGGAGAGAGAAGAUGAACUGAUUCAGAAGAUCCACAAACUGGUACAAAAAAGAGAUUUCCUGGUCGAUGAUGCAGAAGUGGAGAGAUUAAGAGAGAAGGAAGAAGACAAAGAAAUGGCCGAGUUUCUCCGGAUUAAGUUGAAACCCUUCGACAAAGUAACAAGAUCUCCAACUGGUACACCUGCAGAGAAGAAGGCAGAGCCGCCGCCCCCACCUCCUCCUCCAAACAAGCCCACCAUCGCGAAAACAGGAAUAGCUAUUAUUAAAGAUUGCUGUGGGGCCACCCAGUGUGCUAUCAUGUAA